GCAGCCUUCUUGAUUGCAUAAAGUCUAGCUAGAAAAACGAAGCCAUAAAGGUAAUAUGUUGCUGGCUUUCCAUAUCUAGGUCCCAUAAUCGGCCACUGUAGUUGCCGUUGCCGGCGCAACAACCCCAAUGACAUCGUUUCCCCACAACCCGAUCUGGACGAACUCAUCUACCUCUCUCCAGUUAUCAUUAUCCAUUACAAACAGUGCUAAUCCGUACACUAAGAGACACUACAACUGCCCUCAAACAACCCCAGGACUAUAACGCUAUCAACAAAAUGCCCCCCACCCGCCGCCGCACCGGCAACCCCUCCACCGCAAACCAAUCCACCCUCUCCUUCGGUUCCAACGCCAGAGUCACCAAACCCACAGCCCUAACCCCGACAUCCCCAAAACCAAAGACCCUAGAACGAGUGCCCUCCGUCGUUCCCGAAGAGCACAAGCCCGAGAAACCCCAGCCAUCAAACGGCGUCGCAGAGCCACAGCAGGUCCCGGUUACCCCCGCGGAGCCAUCGAAGCCGCAUACCGCAGAGCUUGUGGUUAGGGGACAGGCAAAGGUUGAGACGAAGGAGCAGCCGUGGGGCGAGGAGGAUAAGAAGGCGCUGAAGGUUUCGGAGGGGGAUUUGGUACGGUAUUGGAAGGGUGAGGAGGAGGAGAGGAAGGCGCCUAGAGUGCAUCAGGAGGAGCUUGGUUUGCAUGAAAAGAUUUUACGGCAUUUUGAUCUGUCGAGUCAGUAUGGGCCGUGCAUAGGGAUCGCUCGGAUUAAGCGCUGGAGACGUGCGAAUAUGUUGAAUCUUAACCCUCCUCUUGAGGUUCUGGCGGUGUUGUUGAAGCACGAGGAUGAUGUGAAGCAGAGGGCGUAUAUGGAUGAACUUAUGUCGUGAUGCGAGUGUCACACUUUGACAAUGGAGAUGAACAUGGACCUGUACAUUAUUGGUAGGACUGGCGUUAUGGUUAUAUUCACGAAGAAGGCGUUGGAGGAUAUUGUACAUAGCUGUACAGAGUACUCGUUAAUUGAUUAGAAUUUGCUUUUGACUGGACCUUUGUUUCGAAGAUUACGGAAGGUGCGCAUGGUGAUGGCGUGCUAUCUAUAUA